AUGGUCAAAGUCAUUGCUGGCCUGAUGGGCUCCUCUGUGGCUUCUGGAUCUGUCCACAUGUCUCAACCAGAGCAGCUGCGUGCGAUUUUGACUCUGCUGAGCAAACACGGCAUUCGUGAGCUCGACACUGCUCGUGUAUACAACGGUGGACAGAGCGAGCAGCAUCUCGGUACAAUUAAGGACACCGUAGAAGCCUGUAACUUGGCUGUAGCCACCAAGGCACCUGGCUUCAUGCCGGGAUCUCUGACCUAUGACAAUAUCAUUCGGGCUUGCAACGAGUCGCUCGCAGCGACAAAGCAACAGAAGUUCGACCUGUACUACUUUCACGGCCCAGACCGUCAGACACCGCUCGAGGAGUCAUGCCGCGCCAUGAACCAGCUCCAUUCCGAGGGCAAGUUCGAUCGGUUUGGUGUUAGCAACUUUCGUGCCGACGAGGUCCACCAGAUCGUCGACAUAUGUCGCAAGAACGGCUGGAUCCUCCCUUCUGUUUAUCAAGGAGCCUACAAUCCGCUUCUUCGUGCCAUGGAACCAGCACUCCUGCCUGUUCUAAGGAGUUACGGCAUGGCUUUCUACGCAUACAGCCCACUUGGUGGUGGAUUCUUCUCGCGCCCUAUUGAACAGCUUCGUACGCCUCCCGCAGGUGGUCGCAUGGACCAGAUGAAAGUCUUCCAAGCCAUCUACGUCAACGACCUGUCCCUGGAGCUGUUGCAGAAACUGACCGAAACGUGCGAAAAAGCUGGUAUCACUGUACGUGAAGCUGCGCUUCGGUGGUUGAUGCACCAUUCUGCAUUGGGCGAAGCAGACGGUAUCAUCCUCGGCGCGUCGAGUGAAGCGCAGAUGGAGCAAAAUCUGAAAGCAUGUGAAGGUCCUGCGCUCCCGGGAACAGUUGUCGAUUGCUUUACGGGAAUUAGCAGUCAAUAUAGAGCAGCGGGUAAGGAUGAGCGGUACUCGGUCUGA